AUGUCGAACAUCAUGUCGGUACAAAUGAGUGGAGGAGUGGAUGAGGCUCUGGAUCAGCAAGACCAUCGAGUCAGGAUCGUAGCCAUGCUCCGGCUACUGCAAGCCAAGUUCGGAAUCGCGAGCCCCGCUGAUUUACAGCGGAGCGAGGCCACGACUCGGGCAGCAGGAGACCCGUCCUAUGUUUUCAGAACCUUCGCUUACAACGCCUUACCCUCUCAUCGUGCUGACGACGGUCUUGUCUGUCUCCUCAUUAGCAAGGAUAUCAAAGAAAUUCGGAGCAUGGUCCCUACGAUCACGGAACUGCUCCACAGGAAUGUCAUCAAGUCCGACAGCCUAUCCAUCUUCGUGGAUUCCAUGAACGAUCUCGGAAGCUACCAGACGCGGAUAAUUGUCUACGUGAAGGAGAGAAUCGCCGGUGGGAAGCAACGCCGAUGGGGAUCGCGAGAACUUAAGGAGGCAUUCGAUGACCCGAAAUGCAAGGCGGCUCUAACCGACAUGGGCGUCGUAGACCUCGCUGAAGUCGUCGAGCUGGCUCAGCGGCAAGUUGAACAAUACCUCGCUAACCCUCCUCCGGGUGUCAGUGCUGAGAGCUGGGAACUCGCCAAAUCGGACAAUCCGGAUCGUACGAAAUUGGUUCCUGUGCCGGUAAUCGGCUUCGAAAGCCUCGACACCAGGUUUGAAUUGCAAUUGCAGUACCAGGAACGCCUGAAAGCAAAACUUGCAUCCAUGAGCGAAGAGAUCGAUCGGUUGGAGGAGCGCUUUCGCCUUGCCAAAGCCCGGAUCGAUCAAUUUAAUUUGAAUCAACACCAAAUUGCACAUCGGAUCCUCGGAGUCAUGGGCGUAUUUGAGCGCUGUAGGAUGAGGGGAACUGAAAAGAAACCUUAUGAGAGUUUCCUUGAGGAUUCUCUGAAAAAUCUCCUCGAAGAAAUCCACGACCUGAGCAAAGGAAGGUUCCGGGAAGUGCAGGAUAUGAUUCUUCAGUCUACGUUAGAGGAUGAAAACGCUCAAGAAGAUUUCGGCAUCAACUCUGAAAAUCUUCCGCGGAUCCGUGAUCUCUUUCAAGAACAUCAGAAAGGCCUCGCAGCUUUGAUCGACAUUUUGAAAGAAGAUCUCAAGGCCAUGGAUAAUCUGGACAGAGCCGUCCGCGAGAUCCGGAGCAAACAACCUUGA